AUGUCUAUACCGCCUCGAGUCGCACACGUGUCAGCCCGUCACCGCAACCACCUCCGAUCAGACCUCCUUCCAGGAAGCAUCUCCGCGCUUCGGUUCUCCACUUCCGCUUUCCCCGUUCAUCGCUCUACGUCGUCUCGCUUCGUUACGGUCACAUCCGUUUUAGCGAAGGAUGACGUCGUUGCGACAGGCGAUGACAGCGGGUCGCAGGCUCAGCAGAGUCGCACGGAGUCGUUUUUGCUGGCGGUAGAAGAGGGAGAGAAGCGUGUUAAGGAGCUGGAGGGUAAAGUGGACGCGAAGCAACGCGCGCUGGAGCAACUACAGGCUGACAUUGACAAGCUCUAUUCCGAGACGUUCUCUGGCGUGGCGAUUGCACCAGAGGCAUCACGAGCAGGCGAACAGGAAGUGAAGGAGGAAGAGAAGGAGCAACAAUCUGCUGCUGCUGAUGACGUUCCCCCGCGGGUGUUUGAGAGCAUGGAUGAGGAGGCGUGGGGCAAUCUGGGCCGUUCAGAGCCAUCCGUGCUGAAGGCUCUGAUUGAGUCGGUGGACCGGUCCAAGUGGACAGCCUUCCAGCGGGAGGUGCACAGCUUGGCGCUCAGGCGCGAUCGCACACGGCAGGAGCUCAGGGCGCUCCUGGACCAGCUGGAUGAGGCCUGCACUGCCGCUGCUGCUCCCAUGGAAGAAGCAUCAUCAGCGUCUGACUCAGAUGCGGAGGGUCCAGCGGCAGUGAUCCCGGGGCUGGGCGCGAAGGGGGAGCGCAAGGUGGCGAGCAUAGUGCUGGUGGCGGGCUUUGAGUCGUUCAACGUGGCGCUCUACAAAGAGGCUGCCACCCAGCUGCGUGCGAAAUGCCCUGGCAUCCGUCUCUCUGUCUUCUCCAAUCAGGACAUUCUCUCCAAGAGCAGAGAGAUGGAGGCAGCACUGGCACGUGCAGAUGUGUUCUUUGGCAGCCUUAUCUUUGACUACGAUGAGUGCGAGUGGCUGCAGCAGCGCAUCAAGAGCAUCCCCAUCCGCCUCAUCUUCGAGUCCUCCCUCGAGCUCAUGGCCAUGACCACUCUCGGCAGCUUCGCCAUGGCAGGAGGCAAGAGCAAGGGGAUGCCAGCCCCGGUAAAGGCCGUGCUCUCUAAAUUCGGCGGGGGGCGGGAGGAGGACCGCAUGGUGGGGUACCUGAGCUUCCUCAAGAUCGGCCCCAAGCUGCUGCGCUUCAUCCCGGGCAAGCGCGCCCGGGACCUGCGCAACUGGCUGACGGUGUACGGGUACUGGAACCAGGGCGGGCUGGCCAACGUGGUCAACAUGUUCCUGUACCUUGCGAAUGAAUACCUGCUGUCCACUGGCAUCACUGCGUCUGCUCCUGUGGAGACCCCCCCACUUGGGCUUUACCAUCCUGACUACGACGGCUACUUCACCUCCCCCAGUAAGUACCUGCGCUGGUUCCGCUCGUCCCAUAAGAGCCUCCCCCCAUCGGCGCCAGUGGUGGCGCUGCUGCUGUACCGCAAGCACGUGGUGACGCAGCAGCCGUACAUCCCUCGCCUCAUCCGCAUGCUGCAGCAAGCCGGGCUGGUGCCGCUGCCCAUCUUCAUCAACGGAGUGGAGGCACACACGGUGGUGAGGGACCUGCUCACCACGGCGUAUGAGCAGGAGGAGAGGAGGAAGGGCGUCGUUAUGACUCCCUCACUCUCACAAGAUGCUGUGAUGGUUGAUGCUGUCGUCAGCACCAUUGGUUUUCCAUUGGUGGGAGGGCCAGCGGGGUCCAUGGAAGGUGGCCGCCAGGCCGAGGUUGCCAAGUCCAUUCUUCUCGCCAAGAACGUGCCCUACGUGGUGGCAGCACCACUGCUCAUUCAGGACAUCCCCAGCUGGAAGCGCGAUGGCGUGCAGGGCCUGCAGUCAGUGGUGCUCUACUCGCUGCCGGAGCUGGACGGGGCCAUUGACGCCGUGCCCUUGGGAGGGCUCGUGGGCGACGGCAUUCACCUGGUGCCAGAGCGAGUUCGACGUCUGACCUCGCGCCUGUGGAGUUGGAUCAACCUGCGGCGCACAGCAAGAGCAGAGCGCAAGGUGGCCCUCGUGCUGUACGGCUUCCCGCCUGGCGUGGGCGCCACUGGUACUGCUGCCCUGCUCAACGUGCCCAAGUCACUGGAGGCGCUGCUGCGGAGGAUGCACGCAGAGGGCUACGACCUGGGCCCAGCAGGAGAGGCAAUCUCACAGGGCAAAAUCAACGGUGAGGAUCUGAUCGCGCUGCUGCAGGAGCUGGAUGCGGACAGGGUGGUGUCAGCGGGGGAGAAAGGGCCCGAGCUGGCACUCAAGGCGGUGAAUGAGAAGCUGCAGCGCAGCGAGGACGGCCCCAGGAGCAUUCCCGAGGGUGUGGUGCCCGUGGCUGAUUGCAUUGACUGGCGGCAACUGAGGGACUGGAUCGGGGAGACCCUGACGGGGCGAAUGGAGAGGGCGUGGGGCGAGUUGAGGAAGAUCCGAUCCAUCCACUGCGACUCGGAGGGCAGGAGCGUUGUCAGCGGCAUUCAGCUCGGCAACGUGUGGAUCGGAGUGCAGCCAGUGCUUGGCUUGGAGGGAGACCCCAUGCGCCUACUCUUUGAGCGUGACCUCACUCCCCACCCCCAGUACGCGGCCUUCUACAAGUGGUUACAGCAGGGCAUGCAGGCGAAUGCGGUGGUGCACUUCGGCAUGCACGGCACUGUGGAGUGGCUUCCUGGCAGCCCACUGGGCAACACAGGCCUGUCUUGGUCCGACGUCCUGCUGGGAAAUCUCCCCAAUAUCUACAUCUAUGCGGCCAACAACCCCUCAGAGUCCAUUGUUGCCAAAAGGCGCGGCUACGGCACCAUUGUGUCGUACAACGUGCCGCCCUACGGCAGGGCAGGGCUGUACAAGGAACUUGCUGGGCUAAGGGAACUGAUCUCAGAGUUUCGGGAGGACCCAGCAAAGAACGAGUCUCUCAAGCCGGCCAUAGUGGGGGCGCUGGUGACGGCGGGCAUGCAGGCAGACUGCCCCUUCGUGCCCUCCGAUGGGUCUAGCAAUGGAGAGGCGGUGUUUCUGGACGAGGAGAGCAUCAAGGGGGUGUCUGAGGCGGAGUUUGAGAAGUACCUCGUGAAGCUGUAUGAGUACCUGGCGGUGGUGGAGAACCGUCUGUUCUCGGAGGGGCUGCACAAUCUGGGCCGUCCGCCCAAGGAGGAGCAGAUGGAGCAGUACCUCUCAGCCUACUUCGGGGAUGACCUGGACGACACGGCUAUCGAGGCAGUCGCUCACACGCAUGGGGACCUGGCUGAGGUUCGGCAGCGCUUGGAGCAGCUGUACCUGAGGGACGGCGUGGCGCCGCCCGCUCGGGAUGCUGAGUUGGAUGCACGCGUGGCAGAGGCGGUGAGCAUUCGACAGCUGCUGGCGCGCAACACAGAGGAACUCGACAACGUGCUGCGCGGGCUGGAUGGGGACUACGUGCCUCCUGCUGUGGGUGGUGACCUGCUGCGAGACGGCCCAGGAGUCCUCCCCACGGGGCGCAACAUCCACGCCUUGGACCCCUACCGAAUGCCUUCAGCAGCGGCAUGGGAGAGGGGCAGUGCCAUAGCGGCCAACAUCAUUCAACAGCACCUGGACCAGCACGGCACGUACCCUGAGACUGUCGCUGUCAUGCUCUGGGGGCUUGACGCCAUCAAGACGCGCGGCGAGUCUGUUGCCAUAGCCCUCGCACUCGUAGGGGCUCACCCGGUGAAGGAGGGCACAGGGCGCGUCGUCCGUUUUGACCUCACGCCUCUGGAGCAGCUGGGGCGGCCGAGAAUAGACGUGCUGGCGAACCUCUCAGGCAUCUUCCGAGACAGUUUCGCCAACGUGGUGGAGCUGCUGGACGACCUGUUCCGGCGUGCAGCAGAGGCGGACGAGCCUCCAGAGAUGAACUUCAUCCGCAAGCACUCGCUGGCUCUGCAGGCAGAAGGCAUUGACGCAUCAACGGCCAGGAUCUUCUCGAAUCCAGCAGGCGACUACGGAUCAAUGGUCAACGAGCGCAUUGGCGCAGCUGACUGGGAGAACGGGGAGGAGUUGGGGGACACGUGGCAGUCCAGGAACUCAUUCAGCUAUGGCAGGGGCGAGCAGGGCGUGGCUCGACCAGAGGUGAUGCGCAAGCUCCUCCAGACAACGGACCGCAUAGUGCAGGAGAUAGACAGCGUGGAGUAUGGGCUCACAGACAUCCAGGAGUAUUAUGCCAACACGGGCGCCAUGAAGAACGCCGCUGAGACUGCUCGCAAUGGGGCCAAGGUGUUGUGCAGUGUGGUGGAGACGUACGGCAAGGACCUUCGCCCACGCGACCUAGAAGCCACACUGCGACUCGAAUACCGCUCCAAGCUGCUGAACCCCAAGUGGGCGGAGAAGAUGGCAGCACAGGGCAGCGGGGGCGCGUACGAGAUAUCACAGCGCAUGACAGCGCUGCUGGGGUGGGGCGGCACCACAGGGUUUCAGGAGGACUGGGUGUUCGACCAGGCUGCUGACACCUAUGCGCUUGACGACGCCAUGGCUGCUAAACUCAGGAAAAACAACCCCCAGGCGUUUCAGAACAUUCUGAAGCGCAUGCUGGAAGCAGCGGGGCGGGGCAUGUGGCAGGCGAACGAUGAGGUGAUUGAGAAGCUGAGGGAGCUCUAUGCUGAGAUGGAUGAUGAGCUCGAAGGGGUGAAGCUGCGCUAG